GUUUGCAAUCCCUCCCUCUACGAGUAUCUAUCUAUGUGAGCAUACACAUCCCCAGCCUGUCACUAGCCGCAUCAGAAGAAGAGCAUGGCACUAAGGGGGCCACUUCUUGCACCCCCUAUGGGCAUCCUGUGCCUGGCCAGCCUGUCCCUGUUGGUAGUGCUGGUGCAGGGCAGUGGCUGGGUGAUCCGGGGAAGGAGUGCACGGGAUAUACAGGACAGCAGAGUUGGUGGGGAUCGGAGGCUUCCUGAGGAUGCUACUAUUGUACCAGCUGGACGCUUUGGGAGGUCUACAUCCAGAGAUCACAUCUCUAUGCUCAGCACCUCGUUUGUACUCAAAGGAGACGCUUCACACAACCAGGCAAUGGUGCACUGGACCGGAGAGAACAGCAGUGUUAUUCUGAUACUCACCAAGUUUUACCAUGCCGACACGGGGAAGGUUCUGGAGAGCUCUUUAUGGAGGUCUGCAGAUUAUGGAACAACCUACACAAAGGUGAACCUUCAGCCUGUGAUUGAUAACUUCCACAUCUGCCCUACCAACAAGAAAAAGAUUAUUCUUGUCAGCUCCUCAGUCUCUGAACAAUGCCUUUUCACAAGCAGCGAUGAAGGGACAACCUUUCAAAAACACUUGAUUACCUUCUCUGUGGAGACCCUCAUCUUUCAUCCAAAGGAGGAGGACAAGCUGCUUGCGUACACGAAAGAUGCCAAGCUGUAUGUCUCUAUAGAUCUUGGAAGGAAAUGGGAUCUCUUGCAAGAGCAAGUCACCAAGGACCAUAUAUUUUGGUCUGUGGCUGGAGUAGACUCAGAUCCAGGAAUGGUGCACAUGGAAAUACAAGAUUUAGAUGGAGCUUAUCGAUAUGUGACAUGCCAGAUUCAAAACUGCUCUGACAAAACACGAACAUUCCCAUUCAAUGGGUACAUUGAUCGCAAUUCUUUAACUGUACAAGAUGAUUACAUCUUUCUUAGGACAACGGCAGGAAACCAGAGCAAGUAUUAUGUGUCAUAUCGCCGGAAUGACUUUGUGCAGAUGAAACUACCAAAAUAUGCACUUCCAAAGGAUUUACAGAUUAUCAGCACAGAUGAGAACCAGGUAUUCAUUGCUGUCCAGGAAUGGUAUCAGAUGGACACGUAUAACUUGUACCAGUCGGAUCCUCAAGGAGUCUACUACUCUAUUGUCCUAGAGAACGUGAGAAGCACAAAACAACCAGAGGAGAACGUCCUGAUCGACAUUCUGGAGGUCAAAGGCAUUAAAGGUGUUUUUUUGGCCAAUCAGAAAAUUGAUGGAAAAGUUACAACUCUCAUCACAUAUAACAAAGGCCGGGACUGGGACUAUCUGGCUCCACCAAGCUUAGACAUGAAUGGCAAGCCAACCAACUGCAAACCGCCUGACUGCCAUCUUCACCUUCAUCUGCGUUGGGCAGACAAUCCAUAUGUCUCUGGAACUGUCCACACCAAGGAUACAGCUCCGGGGCUUAUUAUGGGUGCCGGUAACCUGGGCUCACAGCUGGUGGAAUAUAAGGAAGAGAUGUAUAUAACGUCAGACUGUGGAAUUACAUGGAGACAAGUCUUUGAAGAAGAACAUCAUAUCUUGUAUUUGGACCAUGGUGGCGUUAUUGUGGCCAUCAAGGAUACAUCUAUUCCUCUGAAAAUUCUCAAAUUCAGUGUAGACGAAGGUCAAACCUGGAGCGUGCACAACUUCACCAGCACAUCAGUGUUCGUGGAUGGACUUCUCAGUGAGCCUGGAGACGAGACACUGGUUAUGACAGUGUUUGGGCAUAUAAGUUACCGUUCAGACUGGGAAUUGGUAAAAGUUGAUUUUAGACCUUCGUUCUUUAGAGAAUGUACAGAAGAAGACUAUGAUUCUUGGAACCUUUCCAACUCCCAGGGAGAACAUUGCAUUAUGGGCCAGCAAAGAAGUUUUCGCAGAAGAAAGACCUCAUCAUGGUGUAUUAAGGGAAGAAGUUUCACAUCCGCAUUGACUUCAAAAAUCUGCCAGUGUGAAAGUACUGAUUUUGUGUGUGAUUAUGGGUUUGAACAUGAGUAUAGUCAUAAAGAAUCCAGUCGAUGUUUCGCAGAUUUUUGGUUUAACCCAGAAUCUCCUCCCGAAGACUGUACAAUGGGACAGACCUACACAAGCACCACUGGGUAUCGGAAAGUGGUAUCCAAUGUGUGUGAAGGGGGUAUUGACCUUCAGGAAAAUCUUGUUCGCUUUCAGUGUCCCCUACUAGCACCCAAAGGUCUGCGCAUCUCUGUAAAAGGAGACUCUUAUACUCUGAAGCCAGGAGAAGAUAUAACAUUCAUAUUACAGCAGGACCAGGGGGAUAUUCUGAACACCAAGUACCAGGUGAACUUGGGGGAUGGAUUCAAGGCAAUUUACGUGAAUCUCACUUUGACUGGUGAGCCUAUUCGACACCGCUAUGAGAGCCCUGGAAUAUACAGAGUGUCGGUGAAAGCGGAGAAUGUGGCUGGCCAUGACGAAGCUGUGAUCUAUGUCCAGGUUGUCUCUCCUCUCCAAGCCGUUCAUCUCGAAGUAGUGCCAGUGGCCGGCAAAAACCAAGCAGUGAAUUUGUCAGCUGUGAUCCAGCCAAACAACGCCAACCUCUCUGUCUAUUACUGGUGGAUUGGAGAUAACCUACAGCCUUUCUUGACACUGGACAGUUACCUUGUGACCAGGUUUGCAGAUGCUGGAGAGUUCAGGGUGACAGUGCAGGUUCUCUACCUGAACUCCAUGCUGCAAGACUCCAAAGUUGUACGCGUGUUUGAUGAAUUUGAAGUUCUUCCACUCAUGUUCAGCAAACAUCUGGAUACCUACAAUCCCAACAUCCCCGAGUGGAGAGAAGACAUUGGACAAGUAGUAACUCGGCUCCUUGCAAAGGAAACUAACAUUCCAGAACAAAGUCUUGUGACUGUUGUAAAACCGGGACUGCCAACAACGGCUGAUUUGUAUCUCCUGCCUUCUACAAGCCAACCAAAGAGGAAGAGGAGCAUUCCCAAUGACAAGAGGAUAGCGGCAAUAAAGCAAGCGCUGAAUUCGCACAAUAUCACGUUUUUCCUGAGAGGUGGAUUUUGGGUUUUAGUGACAUUAAGUGAUUCUGUUUUAGACUCCCGGGUCAUAGGAGGAACUGGAGGGUAUUGGGCUAUAGUUGUCAUCUUCUCAAUAUUCAUCGUAGCGGUUGGUGCCUUCAUCCUAUAUAAGUUCAAAAGGAAAAUGCCCGGCAGGAAUGUCUAUGCUCAAAUGCACAAUGAGAAGGAGCAGGAGAUGACAAGUCCUGUGAACCACAGCGAGGACACACAGAACAUCAUCCAAGGAGAGGAGUUCAUUGAUGAUGACUUGGAUACACAAACACUAGGAAAUGCAAGAGUGACACUAUCUGGGAGAGGUGGAUUGUUCAACAGCUACAAGGUCCCUUUAUUGUCGAUGCCUGCCAGUGUCCAUUCGCAGGUAAUCACUCAGGAGUGGUUUUAAGUAUCAACUCUAGAGAAAUGCACAAUUAUCUUGUUAGCUGAUGUUUACAGAAGGAGACAAACAUUGUACAGACUCUUCUCUAAAUUGUAAUAUUGUUCCCUGGUGAACGGCCAGCUUGGGAAUACUUGGACUGUAACAGCAAUCGGAGAAGUUUGUUUCUAACCUGUCCUGAAGAUACGUAUUGUCCGCUACUACAGGAGAACGAUCAAACCGCUGAUGUGUAUUAAAGACUCGUUUUCAUACAAGCAGCAGUUGUUACAUCUCAUAUUCAAGCAGUAGCCAAUUUGUAACCCAAGACACAACUUUUGUGUUCUAUUCAUAUUAUGUGUACACUUUAUUACAUUUUCAUUUUAUCUAGAGAUAUUUUUUUCCAAAAUUCCAGUUUACUUUAGAAUAAUGGAAUUUCCAUCGUUUGACUGGAAGGCGUUUGGAAGGAAUUUUGUCCUGGAAAAGAGAGGAAGAUCCGGAACUUUUACUUAGUGCAUAUGGCCCUUUUGUGAGCUUAGCCAUUGUACAGGAAUCAUAGUCAUUAAUCAACAGAUUGGCUGACCACCUUUUUACACCCCAGACUGAUUCCAGUCACUAAGUUGCUGGGCUUGCUAAAAGUAUUUUACUGAAAAUGGAACUUUACCCAUAAACAACAUGUUCUUUAGCAAGGAGCAUACAUUCCACAUUAACUAUUAACAACUAUGCUACCAAAAUGAAUGUGUGCUGUAAAUUGCCUCCAGCAUGGCUCCUGUUCCUUCUGGCCGGAGGCCACCAUUUUGCUGAAGCCCAAAGCCCCUGAACAGCAGUAAAUCAUAAAGUGAAACGAAACCCAUCGAUUUAAUGGUUUAAAAAAACAGAUAUAUUCCUGGAAUGCUGGAAUUGCUAACUUUAUAUUUGCUUGUUCUGUCAACCAAACUGUCAAACCAUGAAAUGGCUGGUGUCAUAAUUGAUCAACACCAUGGCAGU